CGCUCAAAAGCUUGCCUAGGUCUAGCUUUUCAUCGGUUUCAUGGCUCCGGCGGCUCUAUCCUAGAUUUAACCGGUGGUUUUGUUGCCGCUGCAACAGCAAACAGUGUAAAGACCAAUACUACCGGUUAAAUAUAGGGUUAGGGUUUAAGAACAUCAUGCGAAAUUGCGAACUGGGCGAAGUUCUAUAAACCAUUUAUCCCACCUAUUACCAUAAAUCGUCGAAGCUUCUUCUGGUUUAGCAUCGAUAGUAGGGUAUCGGAAACUUAAAAGUAGAAACAAGGAAAGGAAGAAGUAGACGAAUAUGUCGAUACUGAGGCGCAGAAAAGCCUCUGAAACUGAAAAAGCUUCUAAAGAGGAUACUCAUAAAGAGACAAAAUAUAAAGGCGUCGAAGAUGAGAAGAAGGAUAAGAUUUCGAAGAGGAAGGUAGAGGAGAAAAAGAAGAAAUGGUCUUGCAUCGAUAGUUGCUGCUGGUUGAUUGGUUGCAUCUGCUCGAUUGGGUGGUUUCUACUCUUUCUCUAUAAUGCUAUGCCGGCGUCUUUCCCUCAGUAUGUGACCGAAGCCAUUAACGGACCAUUGCCCGAUCCACCUGGCGUAAAAUUGCAGAAAGAAGGCUUGACAGUGAAGCACCCGGUGGUGUUCGUUCCGGGCAUCGUCACCGGCGGACUCGAGCUUUGGGAAGGGCAUCAGUGCGCUGAUGGGCUGUUCAGAAAACGGCUUUGGGGCGGGACAUUUGGAGAAGUCUACAAGAGACCCUUAUGCUGGGUUGAACACAUGUCACUAGACAAUGAAACUGGACUUGAUCCUUCUGGUAUAAGAGUUAGGCCUGUCCCAGGACUUGUGGCAGCAGAUUACUUUGCACCUGGCUAUUUUGUCUGGGCGGUUCUAAUUGCCAAUUUGGCCCGCAUUGGGUAUGAGGAGAAAACCAUGUACAUGGCUGCAUAUGACUGGAGGCUCUCAUUUCAGAACACUGAGGUGCGAGACCAUACCUUGAGCAGGAUAAAAAGUAAUAUAGAACUUAUGGUAGCUACAAAUGGUGGGAGAAAGGUCGUUGUUAUUCCACAUUCAAUGGGAGUUCUGUAUUUUUUACAUUUCAUGAAGUGGGUUGAGGCACCAGCUCCAAUGGGCGGUGGGGGUGGGUCAGAUUGGUGUGCUAAGCAUAUAAAGGCAGUUAUGAACAUUGGUGGACCAUUUUUGGGUGUGCCAAAAGCAGUCUCGGGACUUUUCUCUGCUGAAGCCAAAGAUAUUGCUGUUGCCAGGGCUAUUGCACCUGUUUUUUUGGACAAGGAUGUAUUUGGUCUUCAAGCUUUACAGCAUUUUAUGCAGAUGACCCGUACAUGGGAUUCAACCAUGUCAAUGAUACCAAAAGGCGGAGACACUAUCUGGGGUAAUAUGGACUGGUCUCCAGAGGAAGGUUAUGCCUGUAAUCCACAAAGACAAAGAAAUAAUGAAACUCAGGUUGCAGGCCAAAGUGGGACAGAGGGUCUUAGCUAUCCAAAAAGAGUGAACUAUGGAAGAAUCAUAUCAUUUGGGAAAGAGGUGGCAGAGGAACAUUCGUCCAAAAUCGAGAGGAUGGAUUUUUGGGAUGCUGUUAAGGGUAAUAACCUUGGAAAUACAACCUGUCGUGAUGUAUGGACAGAGUACCAUGACAUGGGCUGGGGAGGUAUUAAAGCUGUAGGAGACUAUAAAGCUUACACAGCUGGAUCAAUUUUGGAUCUGCUUCAUUUUGUUGCUCCAAAGAUGAUGAAACGUGGAGAUGCUCAUUUUUCAUAUGGGAUUGCUGAGAAUUUGGAUGACCCCAAAUACAAUCACUACAAAUAUUGGUCAAAUCCUUUGGAAACCAAAUUACCAAAUGCCCCUGACAUGGAAAUCUAUUCAAUGUAUGGAGUUGGCAUUCCCACAGAAAGAGCAUAUAUUUACAAGCUAACCCCUGCUGCUGAAUGCUACAUACCCUUUCAGAUAGAUACCUCGGCAGAGGGUGAAAAUGAGGGUAGCCGUCUCAAAGGUGGAGUGUUUUCAGUUGAUGGAGAUGAAACUGUGCCUGUUCUAAGUGCAGGUUUCAUGUGUGCAAAAGCUUGGCGUGGGAAAUCUAGGUUCAAUCCUUCAGGCAUUCGGACUUUCAUUCGGGAAUAUGAUCAUGCUCCUCCAGUCAAUCUUUUAGAGGGCCGGGGGACCCAGAGUGGUGCUCAUGUUGACAUAAUGGGAAAUUUUGCUCUGAUUGAGGAUAUCAUAAGAGUGGCAGCAGGAGCUACAGGAGAAGAGCUGGGGGGUGAUCGAGUUUACUCAGACAUCUUUAAGUGGUCUGACAGUAUCAACUUGCAGCUCUAAUCUCAGUUGUUGCCUGCAGGGGACUUGGAUCUUUAAUCCUUUGGGAGACGGUAGAUGGAGUAUCUGAAGAAGACAUGCAUUUUUCCCUCUUGCCUGGACUUGGAGAGAUGAAUAAGUUAAUUUAGCUGAAGUUCCCAAGUAUUGCCAUCUUCUACUUGUACGUUAUAGGAAAGCAUAUUCAUGAAUCGUGAAGUUAAAACGGGAGGGGUGGAAAUGAAGGAAACGAAAAAGAAGCAAUUAGUGUGGUUUGGAGAUUCAGGGAUCCUACAUCUACUUGGUUUCCUCACCUAUUAUGUAGUAUUUUUUCUUUCAUUUUUCAUUUCACUAGGAAAUUUGUGAAUAGUAUGAAUUAUUUACCCCCAAAAAAAGCUGUAAUAUUGAGAUUUAUUGUAAUUAUAGUUUCUAGUGAGUCCUACCUCUGUAAUUCUAA